AUGAACAAUGGAUACCCGUCAGUAGAUUCGUUGAUUAAACAAAAGCCGGAAAUCCACUUCUCAACGAAAGAAGACAAAAAGGUUCUCCACAUCCGCGGUAUUGUCUUCGACAAGGUAACCCACCUUGUUUCUUUCCCGGACUUUGGAGGCCAAGUCGAACUACCCGUCGACGACAACAACAUGCACAACUUUGCUGCCUAUCGUGACUGGUCCGUCCGCGCGAGCAACCUCCUGGUACCGCCUGGAAGUACUGAGCCGAGCCCGAUCUACGAACCGACCGACGCCACCGCUAUCGCAAUCUCAAAUACUGGUAUCUAG